UAGAUGAGUGGGAGAAGGGAAGAGGGAAACUGAAGGAGUCAGGAGAAGAGAAGAGAGCAAAGGGAAAAGAGAGCAAAAAAGGGGGACAGCUCAGCAGAUCAGUCCAGUGGCAUUCCUCUCACAGCAGCAGUGAUCCAGGCUGGGAGGGGAAGUUUAGAAAUUGCUUCUUUUUUUUUUCUCUCUCUGGGUGAAGAAUUCAGAAGUCUCCCUGGAGAGGAAACGGAACAAGAAUAAAGGGGAAUCAGAGAGCUUCUGCAGCCUCAUACUGUCCUGCAGGGAAGAUGGAUUCAGACUCCGGAGAGCAGAGUGACGGAGACCUCUCUCCAGGACAGGAGAGCUUUAACUCCCGCUCCCUGGCCCUGCAGGCCCAGAAAAAGAUCCUGAGCAAGAUGGCAACCAUGGUGGUGGCCAACAUGCUGACAGAUGACACCAGCAGUGAGAUCUUGGACGAGCUCUACAAGACGAGCCGGGAGUUCACCAAGAGCAAGAAGGAGGCCCACAAGAUUAUCAAGGACGUCAUCAAGAUCGCCCUGAAAAUCGGCAUCUUGUACCGAAACCACCAGUUCAGCCCAGACGAGCUGGACACAGUGGAGCGCUUCAAGAAGAAGAUGAACCAGGCGGCCAUGACGGCAGUGUCAUUCUACGAGGUGGAGUACACCUUUGACAGGAAUAUUCUGUCAGAGCUCCUGCUGGAGUGCAGGGACCUGCUUCACGCCCUGGUCGAGCAGCACCUGACCGCUCGCUCACAUGCACGCAUCGAUCACGUUUUCAACCAUUUUGCCCACGGGGAGUUCCUGGCUGAGCUGUACGGGGACGGAGAGGAGUACAGACUCUCUCUGAGGAAGAUCUGCAAUGGCAUCAACAAACUGUUGGACGAAGGAACGCUUUAACCUCCCACACAUGACCUCUUUCAUUUCUAGCUCGUUCUCCUCUUUCUCCUUCUCUCGCUGGUCUCUCCUGCCUCCCUCACCCUCACCUUCCUUUUCACUCUCUCACCUGUGACCGCUCACAUGCUCUACCUUCUUUUUGCUCUCGUCUUCCUUGUUUCUUCAUCAUCCAUUUACAUGAAGCUAGUUGUAACAUCCUGCUGCUGUGGUUCAAUGAGGGAAUUUUUUUAGACUGUCUUUCUACUCAGUGGAUCAUUGCUGCACACUGGGACAGCCUGUAUCAUGUUGUAUGCAUUAUAGCAUUCCAAGUCACCCCCUGUGUGCAAAGGUGUACUGUACCAAUGGCCAAAAAACAUACAUUAGGUAUAUUUGGAUAUGAAAGAUAAUCAGUGGUAGUCAUCAGUCUCUUUCUCUCUUUGUGUGUAUGUGU